AUGCCGAAGAACCUUGCUAGCAACGAGUGGCCUACCAUCGCGUGUUCAGCCGAGCUUUCCGGCACCCAUCACUCGCUCCGCUCGCAGUACGCUAAUAUCCAGGCCAAGCUCGAGACGUUCAUCCCGUCCGCGACGGGCUCUGGCGGUGACUACCACCGCCAGGCGCAGCAGCACUGGAUUGUGCAGGGCAACAUCUCAUGCCCGAUGCACAAGUACCCCGAGUACCGCUCCUCGCGAACCUCGUGGGGUAUCGGUGUCCUCGGUUCCAUCUUCGUCAAGGUUACGGCAACUGAUGGAACUGUUGGUUACGCCACCGGAUUCGGUGGACCCCCUGCCUGCUGGCUCAUCGAGGAGCACUACAAGCGCUUCGUUGUAGGCCAGGACCCGCGCGACACGAACAAGAUGUGGGACAUGAUGUUCCGUGCCUCCAUGUUCUACGGCCGUAAGGGUCUUCCCCUCGCUGCCAUCUCCGUCGUCGACCUCGCUAUCUGGGACCUGAUCGGCAAGAUCCGCGGGGAGCCCAUCUACAAGAUGAUCGGCGGCGCGACUAAGCCCGACAUUCCGCUCUACCUGACUGGUCCUAAGCCGCGUGUGGCCAAGAAGCUCGGCUUCUGGGGAAGCAAGGUGCCCCUGCCCCACGGCCCGUCUGAUGGACAGGAGGGUAUCCGGAAGAAUGUCGCUUUCCUGAAGGACUGCCGCGACCAGGUCGGUCCCGACUACCCCCUCAUGGUAGACUGCUACAUGUCGCUCGACGUUCCGUACACGAUUGAGGUCGUGCGCGCCGUCGAGCGGGCCGGCAUCCACAUCGAGUGGUGGGAGGAGUGCCUCCACCCGGACGACUUUGAUGGGCACGCCGACCUUCACCGCGCCCUCCCGCACAUCAAGUUCACGACCGGCGAGCACGAGUACAGCAAGUACGGCUUCCGCAAGCUGAUCGAGGGCCGCAACCUCGCCAUCAUCCAGCCCGAUGUCAUGUGGCUCGGCGGCCUGACCGAGCUCAUCAAGGUCGCGAACAUGGCUGCGGCGUACGACAUUCCCGUCGUGCCCCACGGCUCCGGCCCGUACUCCUUCCAGGCCAUCAUGUCCUUCCCCAACUCCGAGUUCUGCGAGUACAUCGCCAACUCGCCCGACGGAGAGAGCGUGCAUGCCUCCUUCGGCGACCUGUUCAUCGACGAGCCGCUGCCCGAGAACGGUCGCAUCAAGGUCACCGACAAGCCCGGAUGGGGCCUCGAGCUCAACCCCAACGCCAAGCUGGUGCCGUACAGCUCGUUCUUCCAGCCGUCUGAGGGUCUCGGAUCCGCCGGAGAGGACAGGACAGAGGACGAGAAGAAGGCGCUCAAGGGCCGCGUCGCUGAGAACGGCACUCACUAG